ACAUCAGUGCGUUGCUUAUCCUGAUGACUGUCUGUGUAACACAAUAUUUGUCAUUUCCUUGGGAUUUGUAACAUCACUAUUCUGGGAGCGUUAUCCAAAUCCAUAUGCGAAACAUGUCUUAUCUGAAGACGUGUUGGAAAGGAGAUUUCUACCAGAUGGGAAGUUGUAUACUAAACGGUUAGUAAUUAAGAUCUCGAAAAGAAUUCCAAAAUUCAUGCUGAGAUUUAUCCCAAAAGGCCAGGUUCUAGUUGUUGAGGAGUCUAUCAUUGAUGUUAAGGCCAAACGAAUAGAUGUGGUUUCGGAAAACUUUGGUUCUAGUAAAAAAUACUUGUCUGUCAAAGAGUAUUGUUCAUUGGUGCCAUCAGAAGAUGAUCAUUCUGCAACACAGUUUGCAAGAAUACUUAUACCGGGAUUUAGCUUAAAAGGUUUUUUACGCUCAGCUGUUAUGAAAGCAGCUCACUCUUACUACAACUCCUCAUCUAAAGAUACAUAUAUGGGAUACAUGCAUAUCUGUAAAAUGUACAGUAACACUUGCCAUUCCCAAAAAUCAAAUCUGCAAGCAAACGAUGUACCUAGAAGUUCAGUACGGGUUGGUAGUACGCCUGAAUUCACUUCAUCCAAACUACCUUAGGUGGUCGUGGCCGAUUCUGGAUCGAAUAAAUGAUUUGAAAAGGAGACAAAAUCAGCUAUCAUUUUAAUUUUUCUUAUCUUUAGUCGCAGUUUCCCAAUUAUAGGAUAAAUUGCUUCUCUUUGGCGCUUUUGAGAUGUAUGAUAGACACGUUAGUUUCAUUGUUUGUAAACACCAAUGUUUUCUACUAUUGGACUACCUAAUAUUCUAGAGGAUUCAACAAUAAACCUAAUAUUA